AUGAGCUCGUCUCCAAAAGAAGCUUCAGACACAUCAAACUCAUCAGUUCGAAAACGGGUAGUUCAUAUUGACCCAUUGGAAAUCACACAAUCGCUAGGAUUUCAGACGUUUAGAAAAGGGGCAAGGAAGCCAUGGACAAAGGAAGAAGAUUCGAGGUUGUCGUCUCUAGUGGAAACAGAGUACCCUAAACCUAUUGAUGUGGAAAAAGUAAACUGGGAUUAUAUUGCAGAGACUUUGUUUCCCGAUGGGUUUAGAAAGGGCAAGGAAUGUCGGAAGAGGUGGUGUAAUUCAUUGAAUCCAAGCUUGCGGAGGGGAAAGUGGAGCAAGGAAGAAGACGAGAAAUUGGUGAGAGCAUUUGAGAAAUACGGAGCAUCAUGGCUAAAAGUAUCACAGGAGAUUGAAGGGCGGACAGAUGACCAGUGUGCGAAACGAUAUAUGGAAGUUUUAGAUCCCAAUACAAAGAACCGUUUGAAACCAUGGUCAAUGGAGGAGGAUUUGAGGUUGAUCCAGCAGAUAAAAAUCCAUGGCACAAAAUGGCGAACCAUCAGCAAUGGGUUUGAAGGAAGGCCGUCUUUGACUUGUCGGAAUCGAUGGAGAAAGUUAGUAACGGAUGUGGUUAGAGGUAAAGCCGAUCCAUUGAUCAAACUGCAAGUAGAAAACGUGACCCAGAAAAGCAUCGAUGAUGAAUCCAACAAAGAUAAUAUUUUGGAAGUUUUGUCAAAGAAACAACAGGAAUUAACAGAGAGCAAUAAGGAAAAUGGACCCAAAAGUGGUAAGCGCUUUAAAAGAGUAAAAAGAGACCCCGAUCUACCGCUAAACUCUCCCAGAUCUGCAAGUGCAAGUACCCCUACCAGCGAACAAAGCCGUGUUGAGGUCGAGUGGAGAUACGCUUUGACGCCAGAUAGCAGCAAGCAGACAAGAAAUGCAGAAGAUGGCUAUUUUUCUCGGAGCAAUGUUUUUGGUGAAGAGAACGGAGGAGUAAUCAAAAAUCAGCAGAUGGUACAACAGCUUGUAUCGUACGCAAAGAAAAGGCAUUUGAAUAUUACAGUUCAUCAGCACAUACACCAUCAUUAUGGCUCUAGUGCUCAACAAGACACGAAUAAUCGAACUCAACCAAACCGAUUCAACAUUGAACCCGAGGAUCAACAGGCACGUUUCCAACAUUUCAACUAUCUACCACCAUUAGUAGAGGUUCCUAAAUUGAAUUCUUCGCAGUCCUCUCCAAAUAACAGCUCCUAUGAAGGUGCGAGUGGCACAACGCCAACUACCACCCAAUUUCAUCAUCACCAUCACCACCAUCACCACCACCAUAACAACCAUGAAAAGGACCAGAGAAUUAAGCCUACUAGAAAUAAUGAGAGCGCUGUUAGAUCAACAACACCGGCAGAACUUGAUGGCACCAGAGAAUCAGACCUUAUAAAAUUGUUAAACAAUACUGAUGAACUUAACAAAAGAGAAACAACACCGAUCUCGAAUCCAUUAACCCCCUUAGCACAAGCUGUGGAGUAUGUAGAGGCAGAGGAGAAUCAAAAGGUCAAACGGAGGAAAUUGGGUGCUUCUAUUGAAUCGAGUACAGACAUGGUGAAUAGAGCUCAACACCCUAACAAUGAUAAGAAUCAUGACAUCCCCAGUGAGGAUGAAGAGUUGGAUUUUUGGGAAACAAUGAGGAAUUUAACAGAGUUGCCCAAUAGCACUUUGAAUAAUGCCACUGGCAAGCCUACGGUUAGUAAUAACAAAAAUAAUAUUUCCCAUGAUACAGCUUAUCAUAACAAUGCAACAAGCUCCACUAAUAGCAAAAUUCUUACUUCAACUCAGUUUUCCCAAAAGCCCGUCUCGCAGCAUCACCCGCUUCAUUAUUAUAAUAGCAACACCAGAGAGAAUACGCCGAAGCCAGUGCUAAGUCAAAGCCAAGUCAGGAAGCAAACAGAAAAUGGUCAACACAACAAUGACGAAGAACAAGAAGAGGGAUUGGAUGAAGAGGAUAAAUUAUUGGCAAGAGAAGUAUCGGAAGUCGGCGUAGACCAAGAAACAUUGAAUAGUUACGGAUUGUUUUACAAUGUAUACACCCGAGAGGGUUCAACAUUCCCAGAAGUGCAACCUCAGCAAAGUUCGCAACAACAACAACAGCAGCAGCAGCAGCAGCAAAAAUACUCGGUAUAUGACCAAUGGGGAGGUGGUUUUGGAAUUAUUCCAUUUAACCCAUCUUAG